GCAGAGCUGGAGGAGAAAGCUGAACAUCGGUUGGGUUUGGAGAGCUGGUCUGACAGAUGAGGACUAAACCUGGGGGGGACCCAGAGCUGGGGACAAGCCCGCAGGGGAGGACGGCAGAGAGGCGCCGCUUACUCGCCCAGAUCUAUGGCCAUCACAAAGGGCAGUUCUCAGGCAAGGAACAGGACACCGAGAUCCCCCAGACGAUGGGCUCCAGUGUUUCCAUGGACAGCAAGGACGAGGAUCACUAUUCUAAAUGUCAAGAUUGUAUGCACCGCCUGGGACUCGUGGUGAGAAGAAAGUUAGGGGAAGACUGGAUCUUUCUGGUGCUUCUGGGGCUCCUGAUGGCUCUGGUUAGCUGGUGCAUGGAUUAUGUCAGCGCCAAAACGCUUCAGGCCUACAAGUGGUGCUACUACCAGAUGCAGCCCAGCCUGCCUCUGCAGUUUCUGGUCUGGGUCGGCUUCCCCCUAAUCCUCAUCCUCUUCAGCGCCCUCUUCUGCCAGCUCAUCUCUCCCCAGGCUGUCGGCUCUGGAAUCCCUGAAAUGAAGACAAUUCUUCGCGGGGUGGUCCUGAAGGAGUAUCUCACCCUCAAGGCCUUCGUGGCCAAGGUAGUGGCCCUGACCGCAGGACUGGGCAGUGGCAUUCCUGUGGGGAAAGAGGGCCCUUUUGUUCACAUUGCCAGCAUCUGCGCGGCCAUCCUCAGCAAGUUCAUGUCCGUGUUCUGUGGGGUGUAUGAGACCGUGCCUGGGCAGCUUGACCUCCUGGUGUCGGCCUGCGCUGUGGGCGUGGGCUGCUGCUUCGCAGCCCCUGUCGGAGGAGUGCUGUUUAGCAUCGAGGUCACCUCUACAUACUUCGCUGUGAGGAACUACUGGCGAGGAUUCUUUGCAGCCACGUUCAGCGCCUUUGUUUUCCGAGUGCUGGCCGUGUGGAACAAGGAUGCUGUCACCAUCACAGCCCUCUUCAGAACCAAUUUCCGAAUGGACUUCCCCUUUGACCUGCAGGAACUCCCAGCCUUUGCGAUUAUUGGGAUUUGCUGUGGGUUCCUGGGAGCUGUGUUUGUGUAUCUGCAUCGCCAAGUCAUGCUCGGCGUCCGAAAGCACAAAGCCCUCAGCCAGUUUCUGGCUAAGCACCGCCUGCUCUAUCCUGGAAUCAUCACCUUUGUCAUCGCCUCCUUCACCUUUCCUCCAGGAAUAGGGCAGUUCAUGGCUGGAGAGCUGAUGCCUCGGGAAGCCAUCAGUACCCUGUUCGACAACAAUACGUGGGUAAAACAUAUGGGGGACCCCGAGAGCCUGGGCCGGUCAGCUGUGUGGAUCCACCCCAAAGCCAGUGUUGUUAUCGUCCUCCUCCUCUUCUUCAUCAUGAAGUUCUGGAUGUCCAUCGUGGCCACCACCAUGCCCAUACCCUGCGGAGGUUUCAUGCCUGUGUUCGUGCUUGGAGCUGCAUUCGGAAGGCUAGUAGGAGAGAUCAUGGCCAUGCUUUUCCCAGAUGGUAUCUUAUUUGAUGACAUCAUCUACAAGAUCCUACCUGGGGGCUACGCAGUUAUUGGAGCAGCAGCGCUGACUGGUGCGGUGUCCCACACAGUCUCCACGGCCGUGAUUUGCUUCGAACUAACGGGUCAGAUUGCUCACAUCCUACCCAUGAUGGUGGCUGUUAUCUUGGCCAACAUGGUGGCUCAGAGCCUGCAGCCCUCCCUUUAUGACAGCAUCAUCCAGGUCAAGAAGCUACCCUACUUGCCUGACCUUGGUUGGAACCAGCUCAGCAAAUUUACAAUCUUUGUUGAGGACAUCAUGGUACGGGAUGUGAAGUUUGUUUCAGCUUCCUGCACAUACGGGGAAUUGCAAAACCUGCUCCAGACCACCACAGUCAAGACUUUACCACUGGUUGAAUCAAAAGAGUCAAUGAUCCUGCUGGGCUCCGUGGAGCGGUCAGAACUUCAGUCCCUCCUGCAGCGUCACCUGUGUCCUGAGCGGAGGCUGCGGUUGGCCCGGGACAUGGCGAGGAAGCUGUCUGAGCUGCCCUUCGACGGGAAGGUGCGGCCGGCUGGGGUGGGGCGCUCUGGCGCCUGGCCCCAGGGUCGACCUGAGUCCUUUGCCUUUGUGGAUGAAGGUGAAGAUGAGGAUCUCUACGGGAAGCCCGAGAUGCCUUCUCUUCCUCCUCGUCACCCCCUUCCUACUGAUCCACUGCCCCCCGAAGAGUCCAAUGGGCCCCUGCCCAGCCACAAACAGCAGCUGGAAGCACUGGAGUCUACAGGUCCAAGACCCUCCAUCUUUCGGUCCCUGCUUCGCUGCUUGCUAGGCAGAGCUCGCCCCAAAAAGAAGAAAGUGACCCAGGAUUCAAUGGAUUUAGUGGAUAACAUGUCUCCUGAAGAGAUUGAGGCCUGGGAGCAGGAGCAGCUGGGCCUGCCUGUGUGUUUUGACUCUUGCUGUAUCGACCAGUCCCCCUUCCAGCUGGUGGAGCAGACGACUCUGCACAAGACCCACACCCUCUUCUCCCUCCUGGGCCUCCACCUUGCUUAUGUGACUAGCAUGGGGAAGCUGAGGGGCGUGCUGGCCCUGGAGGAGCUGCAGAAGGCCAUUGAGGGACACACCAAGUCUGGGGUGCAGCUCCGCCCCCCUCUUGCCAGCUUCCGGAGUACAACUUCCACUCGGAAGAACACCGGGGUCCCGCUUCCUCCUGCAGAAGGCUGGAGUCUGCCUGACGACGGAGCUGGGGCCACUGGGGCAGGGGACGUGACCCCUGCUUCCCCAGAGACCCCCGUGCCACCCCCCUUCCCGGAGCACCCCCUCUCGCAGACUCCAGCCAAGGCAGAGAGCGAGCUGGAAGAGCUGGAGCUGGUGGAGGGGCCAGGGCCCGAGGAGGAGGAGCUGGCCGACAUCCUGCAGGGCCCCAGUCUGCGCUCCACUGACGAGGAGGACGGGGAUGAACUGAUCCUUUGACUGCCUCCUGCACCUCCUCUCACGGAGGUUGUCGAGGGACCCAGGAGAGAGGGUGUACCGUGUGGGAGAGGGUGCUUCCUAAAGCUGGUGGGGAUCACAUCAAUACACGGCCUCUCCUGGGAGUUUUAAAAAAUGUGAUCCUUGGAGGAGGAGCUGGAAUUUGGGCAGAGGGUAGCCUUGGUCAGUCAUUUGGGCCAUGCCCUCCCAUCCCCAGAUAGGUGGUGGAUCUGUGUGAAGGGCCCCUGAUAUUCCAUGGGCUUCCUGAGUUUGCCCGUGUGUGGAUGGGGAAUACCUGCCUCUCCCAUGCAUCCCCCACAACCCGCCCUCCCCCUGCCCCCAGGGUUCUUAUCCCAGUGCCUUCGCGGCCUUGCCCAUCCUCCCAUCAGUUCCCCUGGGGGUGGGUUAAUGGAGACCCAGGAUGACUGUGGUCCUGCCAGAGCCAUGUUGGAGGAGGAGACGGGACCGCCUCAUGGCUUCAUGGACUGAUGGCCCUUGAAUGUACUUGCAAACUGUCCACAGCGCCUUCUCUCAGAGCCCUCCACUUGCCCAUAGCCAGUCCCUGAAAUUUGCCUCCAGACUCCAUUCUGACUCCUACUAGAAAGUGAAGUCGCUCAGUUGUGUCCAACUCUUUGCAACCCCAUGGACUGUAACCUACCAGGGUCCUCCGUCCAUGGAAUUUUCCAGGCAAGAGUACUGGAGUGGGUUGCCAUUUCCUUCUCCAGGGGAUCUUCCCGACCUGGGGAUCAAACCUGGGUCUCCCACAUUGCAGGCAGACACUUUACCAUCUGAGCUCCCAGGGUCUGGCCUCAAUUCCUCGGGCUGGAAAAGGCCAUUCCUACAUCCCCCUCCAUCCUCCAUUUAGGCAGUGAGACAUGGAUACAGAGCCUAUUCGGGGGCAGAGCCUAGAAGACAGACAGUCACGGGAAGGCUCUGUGUGGAAGGGGUGGUACCUUGUGGCUCAACAGUCACGCGGCCCUAAUGGAUUUAUUUUACUCCCUCUGGCAUCUCGCAUUACAGCUUCCUCACCCUCCGGUUUCCAGGUCACUCCCUUUCCCACUGUCGUCUUUGAUCUGUCCUGCCCAAGGGUCAGCUCUGUCCUUGAGCUGAUCUAGCCGGGGCUUCUAACCAGAACCGAGGCUCAGGGCAGCUGGGCCACUGGUUUACCCCCACGCUUCUUCGGGGCUGGUCCUUUGUAUUCCUCUUCUAGAGGUUCAGUGUUGAAAUGGCCCAGCUCUCCCACACUUGGGAAGUCAGAGACCCUUAUCCGCCCCAAGCCAGCGGCAGGGAGCCUGCCAUUACCCUGCCUUCUCUGCAAGUGGUCCCAGGUGCUCUUGAUCCCACCCCCAAGGCUUUCGUCCCUCCCUUCUUUUCAGUUCAGUUCAGCCGCUCAGUCGUGUCCGACUCUUUGCGACCCCGUGGAUUGCAGCAUGCCAGACUUCCCUGUCCAUCACCACCUCUCGGAGCCUACUUUGAUGCCCCCUUAAAAUCUUUGUGCCCAUCCCAGGCAUCCUCCUCCUUCCCGCUUCCUGCCCAGCCUGCACCGCCCCCCAAAUAAGACACUCAUAGCCGAAGGUGCCACCACAGCGUUUAGUGCCAUUGAACACAGCCUGGAACCAUCUCCCAACAGUACACCCCUUCUGCCUCCCCAGGGCCAAGAGAGAGAGGCUGCAGCCUGGGGAGGGGGCCUAGCAGUGGGCCCUGGAGCCCCUGCUCCUAUGUAUAU